AUGCAAGUCCCAAUAAUUCCGCUGAGUAAAGUCUAUGUCAGGGUAUCUGCCGCCACAGGUGUUUCAGAACGCACAGUGCUAAAUAUUGUGAAAGAGGCAAGGCUUGUGGAACAAGGCUUACUUGAUCCAGAAACUCUAAAAAAAACCCCAAAGAAAAGAGUGCGUACCAAAGGAAAAAUAGAAGUAGAUGAAUAUGAUUUGCAAGUGAUUAGAAGAAAAAUUCAUGAAUUCUAUGCAUUCAAGAAAGAAGUGCCCACCAUUAACAAACUGUUGCAAAUUCUCAAGGAAGAGAUCAACUUCAAAGGUUCUAGGGAGACCCUGAGAAAAAUACUACGCAAAAAUGGAUUUCAAUUUAGGAAAACAAAAAACAAUAAAGAAAAGGAGCCAGUGACAGAAUCCACAUCAACAGUUCCGCCUAUGGUUCCACCAUAUAUUCACACUAUGUUUAGUCAUAAGAAUAUUCAGUCC